AUGCCUGGCCCCCGCUUCUCGCUGCCUGCCUCGCCUCCUCGACCUGCAAAGUCACCGCCGAACCACCCAUUGACAAAAGUCCAGAAUGCCGCCAACCGUGCUCCCUCUGGUGGCCGUAAGAUUCGGCCGCUGGUCUACGCCAUCGGCAUUGCUGGAAUAGUCGGCUCCGGUGCCUUAAUUGGCGCCAUACUAAAGAUCAGUCACCAGGAAGAAGCGCAGAAGGGCCAGGCCCAGCAACAGGUUCAACCACAGGGAAAUACCAUCCAGCAGAACGAACAGCCGGACUAUGCCAAAUCGAUACAGACCUUGGAGACCAAACGUGGCCAUCUCAUAGGGCAGAAGAUUCAGCUGGAACGCAAAAUCCAGGAGCUCCGCGACAGUCAGCGCAGGAGGGCCGAAGAGGAGGCGGAGAAGAAGGAGUUCAGAAUGAACAAGUGA